AUGUCAUCUAGCAACGGUGCUUCACAUUCAACUCAUCAAGAAGUCAAAUGUGGUAGUAUUACUGGUCUUAGAUCAGUUAAGGAAGAAGAUUUAGAAAUUUGGAAUAUGUAUAAACAACAUUUGGAAAAGAAAAUACAAGAUCAAUUUCAUGUAUCAACUAGUCAUAAACUCAAGCCAGUUCAAGUUGCUACACAAAUCGUAGCUGGACAAAAUUACUUUUUCAAAGUCGAAUUACCCGAAAAAAAAUAUGCAACAGCUCGUGUUUAUCAUGUUCCAUGGCAACAAGACACACAUGGUAAAGAAGAACAAGUGGCUGUACAUGCUAAACUACUUAAUAGUCCCAAUGAAAAUGUUGGUCAUUUUUAA